AUGUUUCUGCUUCUACUGUGCCUUUACACAGUCGCAUCAAUAACUGAGCAAGCGCCUUCCUAUCUGAUUACUGCACCAAACAUCAUUCACAUUGGGGUGAAGGAAAGCGUCAGUAUUCAAUUGCAUGCUGCAGAAGGCACAGUCAACUUUCAAGUUUAUUGCUGGGAUGUCAUCAGAAGGAAGAAAUGUUCAGAGAUUGCUUUAUUCACACUGAACCCUGGAAACAAUCACCAACAGAGUAAAACCAUCACAGUUUCCCAGCUGAAGGUUAAAGAGCUCUCACUGUGGCGACGACGGCAGAAGUAUGUGUACUUGGUCGCUGAAAGUCGACAAAUCCUCCCGCAGCGAAGGAUGGUACCCAUCAAACUGUCCAACAGAAGGGGUUACAUCUUCAUUCAGACCGACCAGCCAAUUUACACCCCGAACCAAAUCGUAAUGUACAGGAUUUUUACACUGGAUCAGUACAUGAGGCCAGUGAAUGAUCAACUGAGGGUCUCCAUAUACAACUCCCGAAACAUGCAACUGAUGGGAGCUGACUGGAUGUCCGAGAAAAUUAAGUUGCUUCGAACCAAAAUCCCCGAUAACGAGGAACCCGGAAUUUGGCGAAUAGAGGCAGAAUUUUUGGAUUCACCCAUGUCCAAAGUUUCAGUGCAGUUUGAAGUCAAAGAAUUUGUUCUCCCCAGAUUUGAUGUCAAGAUACAAGCAGACGAAAUGUUUUACCUUGUGACGAAAGAUGAGUUCAAGUUCAAAGUUGUGGCAAAGCACACAUACGGUGAGGCUGUGGAGGGAAAGGCAUAUGUCAGGUUCGGGAUCCUCCAUGGAAGUGGCAAUAAGACGUACAUCGGGGGACUAGAACAAGAAUUAACGAUGGUGCAUGGAAAAGUCAAUUCAUCUCUCAACACUCAGAGUCUAUUGGAAAAAUCCAACCUGUUAUCCAGAAAUGAAUUAGUGGGACUGCACCUCUAUAUGGCAGUGACGACUGUGGAAUUAGUCAGUGGUGAAAUGGAAGAGCUUGAACUCAGCAGCAUCAAAUUUGUUUCCUCACCAUAUGUGAUUGAUUUAUCAAAAACAAGCCGGCACUUCAUGCCAAAGUCUCCUUUUGCUACAGUGGCAACUGUAUCCUAUCCUGAUGGAACUCCAGCCGUUAAUGUGCCUGUGAACAUUGAGGGAGGACGGACUAGAAACACCGAUCAACAUGGUCUUGUUGUCUUUGAAAGGGAGGCCCCAGAGAAUGUCAGCGUUCUGAGCAUGAAGGUGACAGCUGGAGAUGGGAAACUUGUUAAAGAAUUCAGUGAAGGAAUGGUGACGGCUCAAGUCUAUCAAUCUCCCAGCAAGAGCUACCUUCAUAUCCGGGCUCCACACACAGUCCCGCAGGCGGGUCAGGAUAUAUAUGUUGAAUUCCGAGCUAUCACAGAAGCGAACAGUGGAAACAUUGAUUAUUAUUACUACAUCCUCAUGAGCAAAGGCAAGGUGAUCGGCUCCGGUCAGAUUCGGAAGGCAGAUCCAACAAAACUCCGACUUCAAGUGAGCCUUGACAUGGUUCCUACGUUUCGCCUUCUUGCCUACUAUUACAUCGAAGCAGGAGGAGGAAAGGAAAUUGUGGCAAAUUCGGUUUGGAUUGAUGUGGAGGAUCAGUGCGAUGGGCGGAUUGAAAUAAAGGACGUAAAUAAAUCCCAUGGACCGGGUGACACGUUUGAUCUGCAAUUCUCCACCAACGAUGCAGCAAAUGUCUCAUUUGUUGCUGUUGAUUCAGCUGUGUACAUUCUAAACAACAAGAACAAGCUCACACCCAGGAAGGUAUUUGAACAAAUGAAUGUUUAUGAUCUGGGAUGUUUCUAUGGAGGUGGAGUUAACAGUGUUGGUGUUUUCAAAGAUGCUGGACUGAGUUUCAUUUCUGAUGUGGGCAUAGCGUCAGUUAGACAUGAAUAUUCAUGCAAAAAUGAAAUCAGAAGAAAGAGGAGAGCAUUAAACCUGCAGCGCCAAUAUACUGGAAAAAUGAACGAAUACUUGGACCGCAGAAUGCAAAAGUGCUGCAUGGACGGCAUCACCAGACUAUUAAUGCAACACAGCUGCGAGGAGAGGGCAAGCCGUGUCAAAGAGCUGGAUUGUCGCCUGGUUUUCCAGACUUGCUGUGAUUAUGGAGUUGAACUAAGAAAGAAUCAAUCGUUGAAGGUGGAUUCAGUAGCAAGAGCUGCUGUGAAUGUAGAUCAAGAUUUUUUCGAUGAAACAUCUAUCCAUGUUCGCAGUGUGUUUCCGCACAGCUGGCUGUGGAAAACGGUCGAGGUCUUAAAUGCGGGGGAUCACAAGUUAAGAAACUACAUUCCUGAUUCCAUAACCACUUGGGAAAUUCAGGCAGUUGGCAUGUUUGAAAACAAAGGAUUCUGUGUGGCGGAACCAAAGAUGUUGAAAGUGUUCCGGCCUUUUUUCAUAUCCAUGAAGUUACCUUACUCUGUCAAAAGGAAUGAGCAAUUGGAUGUGACAGUUAUCUUGUACAAUCACUUGCAUGAAGACCUCGAGGUUUCUGUAUACAUGAGAAAAACAGAGGGUCUGUGCAGUCCUGCUGUUUCAAGGCAAAAUUCCAGGAAUAUUCUUGUCAAAGCAAAUUCGGCAGCCUCGGUUCAAUUUGCUAUUGUUCCAUUGGUUGUUGGCAAUGUGCCAAUCAACGUGAUCGCUUUCAGCAAAAUGAAUUUGCACAACGACGCUGUUUUAAAACAUCUGAGAGUUCUGCCUGAAGGUAUAAUCAUGACAGAAGAAUCAAGUAUUCCUAUCAACCCCAAAGCAAAAAGCUCCUAUGAAAUAUAUGAAGAAGAACCUUCUAACUUGGUCCCUUUCACUGACAAUUACUUGUACAUCCGUCCGAGAGGAACAAUAAUAGGAGAGGCACUGGAGAACUCGCUAACUGCUGCUGGGAUUGACGAGCUCAUCAGGGUGCCCACAGGGUGUGCAGAGCAAACAGCUAUGCACAUGGCUCCAACUGUCUUUGCUGUUGAGUAUCUGGACCAGAGCGAUCAGUGGAUUUUGCUGAAGCCUGAACGCAAGGACGAAGCAAUCUUUCACAUUGAAACAGGAUACAACAGAAUUCUAGUAUAUAAGAAGGAUGAUGGAUCCUAUGGUGCAUGGAAAACUUACCCGAGCAGCACAUGGUUGACUGCGUUCAUUGUUAAAAUACUCUCAAUGGCACGGAGCCAGAUUGUUGUUAAUGACAGAUUCAUCCGGGAAUCCACUGCUUACUUGAUCCGAGGCCAGAAAAGUUCUGGUGGUUUUGAAGAUCCCCAUCCAGUGAUAGACAGAAAAAUGCAGGGUGGAGUUGGUGGAAUUGAAAACAAUGUUUCAAUCACGGCCUUUGUGACAAUAGCUCUGAAGCAUUCAUUGGCUGCCUUCCAACAGAAUAACAUUGCAGAGAUUGCGAUAGUGGAAAAAAGCGUUGGAAAUGCUGUUGAUUUUUUGCAUAAGGCAUUGCCAAAUAUAAUCCAGCCUCACACAAUUGCAAUCACCACCUAUGCCCUUGCUUUCGUGGGAGCAGAUAUGGAGAAAGAACAAGAAGCUGACAGAAAGCUGAAAGCUAUCGCAACUUAUGAUCGAGAGCAUGAUGUUCGCUAUUGGAAAGCUGAUGAAACACUGUUACACAGUGGAGAACAGGCUGCAGCUAUAACAGUGGAAACCACUUCGUAUGCCUUACUUCAGACACUAUUGAGGAAGGACAUUGACUACGCAGUGCCUAUUGUGAAAUGGUUAACAGAGCAACAAAACUAUGGCGGGGGAUUUCGCUCCACCCAGGACACAAUAAUUGCCUUGGAAGCUCUGUCACGAUAUCACAUCGCAUUCCUAAAGAAAGAGGAGGAAAUCAAUAUGCAAAUUCAAUUCAAUGUUUUUGGAAGCCCCACUGAGACAAAUAUUCACCUGCGUAGACGCAAUGCUCUGACCCAGAAAGAACUGAAGUUUCCUCUCGGAAGCAAGAUUCGAAUCGAGCUGUCUGGUCAAGGAAAUGGGACACUGACAAUCCGCAAAAGGUACCACCUAAUGGAGGAGCCGCCAAAUACCUGCAGAAACUUUCACCUUUCUGUCACAGUGAAAGGAAAAGUGGAAUUUAAAAGACUGGACGACUACAGUGAGGUUGAUGAGCUAUUAAAUGAGUAUGAGCCCCUUCCUGCCGACUCACCAAUUGGUCCCAUAGGUUGGUAUGAUCUUCGUUCAAGAAGGAAAAGGGAUGUUCCAGAUUCCCCAACUCAUCAGGCCAUUUACUAUGAAAUUUGUUAUUGGCGGGAGAGCGAAGGUGACGCGAUUCAGCUCCAGUCUGGAAUGGCUAUUGUCGACAUCACACUCCUCAGCGGUUUGGAACCAGAUUUGGUGCACCUCGAUCAGCUGAAGAACGGCGUCGAUCGAUACAUCGAUCACUAUGAUUUGAAGGAUGGAAGGGUGUUACUUUAUCUGGAGACGGUCCGUGAGGAGAAAGAGUGUGUCGUGUUUUCCACCAAGCAGAUUGUUCCAAUGGGCAUGGUGCAGCCAGCAAUCGCCACUCUGUAUGAUUUCUAUAAUCCAAGUGUGAGAUGUACUGUGUCUUAUAGCAUCCCUGAACGGAAUGCAAUGAUCUCAAAGCUCUGUGACAAUGAAGUGUGCAUUUGUGCUGAAGGUGCCUGCCCCCGAAUUAACCACGUCUUGACCAAUGAAAUGAAUGGAUCAGCUCGGAUUGAUUUUGCUUGCUACAGUCCGAUUGUGGAUUAUGCUUAUAGAGUCAGAGUUGUGAACAUAACCACAGCUGGAUCCUUUGACAACUACCAGGUGUCUAUCACUGAGCUUUUCAAAAUGAGCAAUAAGGACGAUGGUGUUAAAGCAAGUGACGUCAGGCAUUUCCUAAUUCAGAAAUCCUGCCAGUUUCAGCUGAAAGGGGGUGAAGAAUACCUGGUCAUGGGGCAAGAUGGGACAACCAGUGACAGAGAUGGAAAGAUGCAGUAUUUAUUUGAUGCCAAGUCGUGGGUUGAAGCCAUUCCAUCGGAAGAUAUCUGCAAGCUUCGGAAAUACAGAAGCUCCUGCAAAAACCUAAAGGAUUCCAUGAAUGAUCUUCUAAAUCUCGGAUGUCAAAUAUAG